AAAAAAAAGACAGAGUACCGUCUUCGUCUUCGUCUUCUUCACCAGCUACGGCCGUAAAACCAUCAAUGGCGACGGAGUCGCCGAGCUCUGUUCGGAAAGUUGUUGUUCAUCUAAGAGCUACUGGAGGUGCUCCUAUACUCAAACAAUCUAAGUUCAAGAUUCCAGGGACUGAUAAAUUUGCAAAAGUGAUUGACUUUCUAAGAAGACAGCUCCAUUCUGACUCAUUGUUUGUCUAUGUGAAUAGUGCUUUCUCGCCGAAUCCUGAUGAGUCAGUGAUUGAUCUUUACAGUAACUUUGGAUUUGACGGUAAACUGGUGGUCAACUAUGCUUGCUCCAUGGCAUGGGGAUAAAAAAACCGAAUACUACAGAAUUCUCAAGCUCUCAUUCUGGUUUCUUCAAUUAGAUAAGUUUUUUUGAACCAAAAUCUAAGUCACAUCUUUACAUAACUGAAGAUGAUGAGUGAAUCCUAUAUAUGAGCAUCACCAUGAAGUUGAGCUUUUUUUUUUCAGGGUCACAAUGCUAGAUGCUUGCUUUUUUUUUUUGGAAAAAAAGACUUUUCAGAUGAAAGUUGAUGUAUGUAUAUAAUACAUGUACAUAAAGACCAUAUCCAACUUCAGAAACAAUAGAUUGUAAUCUCGCCUGUGAACUUUCAUCGGGUAAAAAAGUUUCUUGUUCAGUUCUUCUCUCAAGAGAUUCCAAAGAAGCGUUUGAACAUUUUU